AUGAACCCGUACAUCUUAGCCGCCCUUCUCUUUGGUCUAGGCCUAGGCACCACAGUAACAUUCGCGAGCUCGCACUGGCUUCUGGCCUGAAUGGGGCUUGAAAUAAACACUCUCGCCAUUAUUCCACUGAUGGCGCAGCAUCACCACCCUCGAGCCGUGGAGGCUACCACUAAGUAUUUUCUUACACAAGCCACCGCCGCCGCCAUGAUUCUUUUUGCCAGCACCACCAAUGCAUGGUUGACAGGACAAUGAGACAUCCAACAGAUAUCCCACCCCCUCCCUAUUACCGUGGUUACCGUUGCCCUUGCACUUAAAAUUGGCCUUGCACCCGUUCACGCGUGGCUCCCCGAGGUUAUGCAAGGACUGGAUCUUGUUACCGGGCUCGUCCUCUCCACCUGACAAAAGCUCGCCCCCUUUGCCCUUCUACUCCAACUUCAGCCUGCUAACUCAGCUAUUCUUGUUGCCCUCGGCCUAGCCUCCACCCUUGCAGGGGGCUGGGGGGGCCUAAACCAGACCCAGUUGCGUAAAAUUCUAGCUUACUCAUCCAUUGCCCACCUUGGAUGAAUAAUCCUCAUUCUCCAGUUCUCCCCAUCCCUUACCCUUCUCACCCUGUUGACAUAUUUUGUCAUAACACUCUCAACAUUCCUUGUAUUUAAAUUAAACAAAUCAACCAGCAUCAACAUGCUCGCCACCUCCUGAGCCAAAGCCCCUGCCCUAACAGCCCUAGCCCCUUUGAUUCUUCUGUCAUUAGGGGGUCUCCCUCCACUUACCGGUUUUAUGCCAAAGUGGCUCAUUCUUCAAGAACUAGCCAAGCAAGAUCUUGCCCCAACGGCAACUCUUGCCGCAAUGUCGGCGCUUCUAAGUCUUUACUUCUAUCUACGUCUAACCUACGCCAUGACCUUAACUAUGUCCCCUAACAGUCUUACCGGGACAACCCCCUGACGUCUCCAGCACUUGCAGUUUUCGCUCCCCCUGGCACUUGCAACUGCCACUACUCUUUUGCUACUCCCACUAGCCCCUGCAGUAGUUGCACUGCUCACCCUUUA